GAUGGGGACGUUCACAGACACAUGUAUCUACAAGACCUCUACAUCUCCGAGGCAGACGACAAGACGCCACUCAGUGUGUCAGAGUUUGCCUGUCACAUUUCUGGCUGCAGUGCAGUCUUCAGCACUUUGGAGGAGUAUGAGCACCACUACAACUCCCUGCACAGACACGUGUGCUGCUCCUGCCGUCGCUCCCUGCCGAGUGCCCGGCUCCUGGACAUUCACAUUCAGGAGUGGCACGACUCUCUCUUCACUAUCCUCGCCCAGAGGCAAGAUAUGUACCAGUGUUUGGUGGAGGGCUGUGGACAGAAGUUCAGAACUAGUAAACACCGGAAGGAUCAUCUAAUAAGAAUUCACAAGUAUCCUCCAGACUUCAGAUUCGACAAAACCAAAAAGGACAGAGGAACCCGAGAGACGAAGAGACCGCAGCAAAAAGACACAGCCAUGGAGGUAGUGGAUGAUGUGUGUGAGUCCGAGGGUGUGUGUGAGGUUAUGUGCGAUGUGUUGUCCGACCAACCCGAGCAUGGGGAAUCCAUGGAGACGCUUGUGUCCGAGGAAGAAGCUGCUCGCAUGGCGAAGUCUGCCUCCGCCGAGGAGCACGCAGAUCUUUCUGCUGAAGCUCACGGCGCUGGGAAUAUAAGCACCGAGCCACUAAAACCACGAUACUCCUACAGGGUUCCUACAACUGUGUGCUUCGGUCACGGCUCCGUCCGAGGCUUCAGAGGGCGGCGGGGAAGGAGGAAAUGAGACACCAGAAUUGAGCCUUCUAUCUUUUAAGAUGUAUAACUUUAUACUCUUGUCAUGUAACAAAAUAUAUAUCUACUGUUGUGUGUAAUUAACAUUAAAAUGAGGUUGUUUUUUUUGCGCAAAAAAAGUGAUGUGUGUAGACAUUUGUUCUGGUGAUGAAGAAUACCUUUCAUCGUUGUGUGUAGGUUUUUAUCUCUCUUCUCUUCCAUGUGGUGACAUCCAGCCUGUCAACAAACAGGACUAACUGCUAAGUGUAACACUUAAUGUCUGUUUUUAUAACAAACUUUAUCAGCUCCUAAAGGAAAAUUAUGAUGUACUCCAUAUAGGAUGCUGCUGAUCUGUUACACAGGUGUAAAUGCAUGUGUUGUGCUCUUAAAAGAACGAUGCAGUGCAGCUCAGGGUGAGUUUUAAACGACUCCACAGGAAUAAUGUGUGAAGAGACAAACGAGAGCAAUGUCAGAAUUUACAGAAUAGAUUUUAAUAAUUGUACAAAACACCUUUUCACCCAUCAGAUAUAAAAUACACUGUACAUUAAUGACUGAUCAGUCAUCUUUAGCACUCUGAGUGUUUGCAAAAAUAGUUGGUGACUUUUUAUUUACAUUUAGUAAUGAAGCUGUGGUCUUGGACUUUUUAAGAAGCUCUUUGAACACCUGUGCAAAAAAAGUUCUCCUUUUGAGGUAAUGUACAAAAAAACACAUUAUAUGACAAAAGUAAAGCAGGAUCAUGGUUCAUUUGUAUUUCUGAAACUGGGAAUUAAGAAGUUAGAAACAAACAGAAGUUUUGUGGUUUAGAUAUUACUGUAAAAGUCAAUUCAAAUUUAAAAGGAAAACAUUUAAUGACAUUUCAUUACACCGGUAACUAAAAGGCAGUGAUGAGCUCUUCAUAGUCUGUUCCAUAAGGUGUGUGUGUGUUUUCUGCUAAAUGACUUUGAAGAUGCCUCUUUAUAGCUUCUGAUCAUAGUUUAUAUAUAUAUAUCAUGACUGGUUACUUUUUUUCUUUCACCUUCGCCUUAAAAAAAGAAAGUCUGAUUGAGUUAUAUUAUAAAGUCUGAGUCUAUGAUUAAUGAUUAAAUAAUUAAAUCCCUCA